UUCGCUCUUUCGCGGGUGAGGAUAAGUCAUCAUCAAAUCCUAUCAUCAAGUCACCAGAUUCUACGUGUUUUGACGUUGAUGGCAGCGAUUUGGUGAUAGGAUUUGGUGGUGACUUAUCUUCACCUCUUUCGCGCUAGAAAUUCCUUCCAUGGCAGUCGCAAUGGCUAUGGGAUUGCCUCUUUGAUACACAUUUCUAGUUUCUGAUUGGUCCGUUCAAGCGACAUCAAUCGUGAAAAUUAUAUAUAGAAAUUCGUAUUUAUGGAAAUUCAAGACGAUUUUAUUUUUAUACAGUGGGAGAAUCGGUGAGGAAUUUCUGUACACUAGAAAUGUUUCAGCGAUUUUCCAGUUGAUUUUCUAUAAAUUGAAAAUUAAUUCAAGAUUACAGUGUACAGUCUGACACAAUCAUAAUUAUUCUGUCAGAAGUUUGUGAUGGAUUUUUAGAGACACCAAAUUUGAACUCAAGUUCUAAAAUGUCUCAUGGACACAAUAAUACUGUACAUGUCAAGGCUUUGAUAAUUUAGACAAGAGUGUUAUUCUGAUUUGGAAAUGCGUACGUACUCUGUGAAAGAAAAUAUGUAACUUGUGUCAAGUUUUUAUAAAAGGAAAAUAUACAUCAUGAUAUACGGGAAAUCCUAUGAAUAUGUGAAUUGGCAAAAGAUUUUUUAAUUCAUUCAUUUUUAGAUAAAACUUUUAUUUAACAGUGUUUUACUAAACAGUAUCAUGGUUGAUGUUAAAUUAGUCUAUGAAAUUGUUCAGCAACAAACUGAUCCAACAGAACUCACUAUUCGGCAAGAAGUCGAUUUAAAUUGUACAAAAGUUGGAGAGACAAUUCAACAACAUUCAACAGAAUUGGAUCAGUUAAAAGAUGUUGUUGUGCAAGUCGUUGAAGAAAUUGAGAAAAAAAAAUCCAAAGAAGAAGAAAGUGACGAUGAAGACGAUAUGCCAUUAAUUUCUUACGUUAAACUCAAACCGAGUAAUGAUGAUGUGACACCGACAAAGAAAAAAUUGUUGGACAAUAUCAAAGUUUCAAAAUCAAAGGAUGUGCGUGAAGAAGAUAAUAAAUUGGAUGGUGCUAGUGUGAUAAGACGUACGCGCGAAGAAAAUAUAAUAACAAAUAAACAAAUUUCAAAAACACUGUCACCGUUAUUUUUACAAAAUAUGCGAAGUUGUGGAAUAUCGUCCGAUUGGAUAAUGAAACGUUCAACAUCCUAUCGUAAACGAUAUAAUGCAUCAACUGUUAAACGUAAAACAAGUACAUUGGAUGCUUUAAUCAAAGAUGUUUCAUCUAAACAAAUUAGAUCAAAUAGAAAAUUAAAUUUCAAUGAUGAAAAUGUUAAUUUACAACGACAACGAUCAAUAAGUGAAACACCGAUAUUUAAACAUCAGAAUGAGGAUGAUGAAAAGAAGAAAGAAGAAGAAGCUGUAAUUGCGACGAACGAAGAAGCUGUAAUUACGACGAAAGAAGAAGAAGAAGCUGUAAAUGCGACGAAAGAAGAAGCUGUAAUUACGACGAAAGAAGAAGAAGAAGCUGUAAUUGCGACGAAAGAAGAAACACCAUAUGAUAAUGUUGAUGAAACAUCGAAAGAUGCAUCAGCCCAAGAAUUUGAAGUUCGUCCAUGUAAAGUUGUCGUAAAGCGAGUCGAAGUGAAUGAGAACGAACAACUAGAAAUAGCACCACCGUUGACUAAUAAAUCGAAAGUGUCCAAAAAGUCUCUAUUAAAUGGUAAAAAAAAACGAACAACUAAAUCAAAAACAUCACAAGAAAAUAACGAUGAUGAUGAUGACAGGUUACUAAUUACUUAUGUGACUCCUCUUAAGAAAGAAGAAAAAAAGAAUGUGGACGACAGUAAUAAUCAAAUUGAUCAUUUGAAAAAAUUAUUGCGUACAUCGGGCAUUCGCUUGAUUGUUAAAAAAGCUGAAUUAGAACAACAUCCAUCCAUAAAAGAUAAAAUUAAAUAUUUAAAAUCAUUAUUUGAAAAAGCAGGUUAUACAGGUGGUCUUAACAUGAAAGAAUGUCAACGUUAUAGAGAAAAGUGCGACGGUGAAAAAGAAUUAGCGGAUAUUUCCGAAAGAACAACAGAAAAUAUCCAAGGUUAUGUCAAAGCUGGUCGUACAUUGCGUAAACGUAAUGAUUCGAGUCCAUCUUUACCUGUCUCUUCGAGGAAAAGAAAACGGAUCUUGAGUGAUCAAGAAAGUGAAGAUGAUGAUUCCAAUAAUGGUGAGACGAAACAGAAGAAGAAAGAAGUCAAAAUUGAUUUAUCACUAAAUGAAAACGUUCAGGAAAAGCCAGUUACUCAAAGUGACGACGUUGAACAAGUUUUAUAA